GAGCAACAGAUUUUCUGAGGGAACAACAUGAAAAACUGCUAUCGAUUAUUAAGAAGAUUUUAUUCACUUUCUACGGAUUCAAUAUUUUAGACGCAUUUUUUAUUUACUUGCCCCAUCGAGUUGAUGUCAGUAAUGAUUAUUACUCGAUGACACAAUGCUACGGGUUGGAGCCACUUACGGCCUCACCUAAUCGCGAGAUAUGCCUGGCAAUACUUUUCACACAAGAAAUUACUAUAAUGACAGUUGUUCUAAAUUAUCAAGGAUUACUCCUGUUCAUCAUCGCCCACACGUCGGCUAUGUACGAAAUGCUAUCCGCUGAAAUGCUAGCAUUUGAUGAAUACGAUGAAAAUUUGGAGAGUCAAAUACUUGUGAGGCAACGUUUGCCGUCUCUGAUUCGACGGCACGCUUUGACGUUGAGCAUUAUAAAGAACAUCAAAGCCUUGUACAGCAUGCCGUUCGGUGUCAACUUCGGGUCGAACGCCGUCUGCAUCUGUUUGUUCUUCUACCUUCCAUUAUACGAGUGGAUAACUUUCGCACCAGUUCUCAUAUAUUGCUUUUUAGUCUUCUUUUUGUAUUGUUUUCUUUGUCAAAGGUUGAUAAACAGUUCAGAGAUGUUCGUUGAUGCAAUCUACAGUUGUGGGUGGGAGAAGUUUGCUUUGAAGGAGAAGAAAAUGUUAUAUGUGAUGUUGCUGGUGGCACACAAACCUAUAGAAAUAUUAGCAGCUGAUAUAAUCCCAGUUAAUAUUUAUACGUUUGCAAAAAUUUUACAAGCAAUUUUUAAAUUUCUCACUGUAGUUAAAUUCUAA